AGUCGACGGUUUAUCCGUUCUGUCAUCUCUAGAUUUUGUGUGAAAAUUCUGGCGAAAACGAUUCUGUUGAAAGUUUUUAGGCCAACAAUUCCGCGCAACACCUCGAAACCGUCUCUGUGCCGCACCAGCCUUGCGUUUUGACCGUUUCAUUAGCCAAUGUCGUAAAUCGCACACAAAUUGCAAACAAAAAAGGCCGCACAAAACAAAUUGUCGCGUCGCAUUACGUUUCAGUGUUGCCAACUUUUUCGGAGGACCGGGAACGGAAACAUUUCCAAGCCGAACAGACGCAUUGCGGCCGAAAUGUGCACGCCGUUGGAUUGAUUCGCAUGCCAUUUUGAUUGGGUGUACUCCAGAUACUCCGAUCUGUGGUCUCCGGUCUCCGAUUUGGCCGGAAUUCGCCGGCGAAGGGACGGAUUUUAGCCGGAAAACGGCCGAGCUGGCAACACUGCCAGAGAACAAAAAUGAAGUGAGUUUCGGUUUCGGUUUCGGAAAAAAGGCGAUGCUAUAGGAAAAGCUAGAGGAAAAGCCAGCCCAGCCCAGCCUAGCCGGUAAAGUGUGCAAAUGCGAGUGGCCAGAGAAGACCUUUGUUUCCCGUUCCAUGACGUUUUCUUGAGUUGUCCGCUGCUCUGAGUGGUCAUCAUUAUCAGUCAUCAUCAUCAUUAUCAUCGUCAUCAUCAACGGAGGUCGUCGUCAUUUAGCCACCAGCCACCGGCCACCCACAACCACCCACCAGCGAAACGGCCUUGAGGGUAAUCGUCCGCCAGCAUAUCGUCACCUGGUCCUGCUCUUCGCCUUGAUCUGGGUAUCCCAUCACACAGUUCAGAUAUGUCAUCGACCGCCGGCAAGCGCAAGGAGAUCUACAAAUAUCUCGCACCAUGGCCCCUGUACUCCAUGAACUGGAGUGUCCGGCCGGACAAGCGAUUCCGGCUCGCACUGGGCAGCUUCAUCGAGGAGUACAACAACAAGGUGCAGAUCAUCAGCCUGGACGAGGACACCAGCGAAUUUAGUGCGAAGAGCACCUUUGACCAUCCAUAUCCCACAACCAAGAUCAUGUGGAUCCCGGACUCCAAGGGCGUCUACCCGGAUCUGUUGGCCACCAGCGGCGAUUAUUUGCGGGUGUGGCGUGCCGGCGAACCUGACACGCGACUCGAGUGUGUGCUCAAUAACAACAAGAACAGCGACUUCUGCGCCCCGCUCACCUCGUUCGACUGGAACGAGGUGGAUCCCAAUCUGGUCGGCACCUCCUCGAUAGACACCACCUGCACCAUCUGGGGACUGGAGACUGGACAGCCGCACGCCCGGGUCUAUGUGGCGGGACACGUGAAGACGCAGCUCAUUGCCCACGACAAGGAGGUCUACGACAUUGCUUUUUCGCGGGCAGGCGGCGGUCGGGACAUGUUUGCCUCGGUGGGAGCGGACGGAUCGGUGCGCAUGUUUGAUCUACGGCAUCUGGAGCACUCGACUAUUAUCUAUGAGGAUCCUGCCCACACGGCGCUGCUGCGCUUGGCCUGGAACAAACAGGAUCCGAACUAUUUAGCCACAGUUGCCAUGGACUCGUGCGAAGUUAUUAUUUUAGAUGUUCGUGUUCCUUGUACACCCGUUGCAAGACUGAGCAAUCACAGAGCGUGCGUCAACGGUAUUGCGUGGGCGCCGCAUAGUUCCUGUCACAUCUGCACUGCCGGUGAUGAUCACCAAGCACUGAUCUGGGAUAUACAACAAAUGCCACGCGCAAUCGAGGAUCCAAUUUUAGCUUAUACAGCUGCCGAGGGCGAAGUCAAUCAGAUCCAGUGGGGCGCCACCCAGCCCGACUGGAUAGCCAUUUGCUACAACAAAGCGUGCGAGAUCCUGCGGGUCUAAGAGUCAAUUUUUUGGUCUGGUCCCUGGCUGUAGCAACUGGCUGCCAUUGCUGAACAACGCACAGUCAACAGAAAAAGAAAACACACACACACACACACACACACACACACACACACACACACACACACCACCACCACCCUCAAAAACACACACUUGCUGUUGGUAAUUAGGAGACAGAAGGAAAGGAAAGGAGGGAGCUUAAGUUGGAUCGUUUCUGCAACACGCUUCCGCAGUCUUUUUAAUUAUUUUUUUUUUUUUGUGUCGGAAGAGAGAGAUUAGAAGAAAGGCGAAAGUGAAAGUGAAAGCAAGAGCGAGAGCGAAGGAGAGAGGGAGGGAUAUAAGGGAAAAGGAUGGAGAUGGAUCAUGUAUUUUAGAAUUCUUAGCUUAGUUGAUUAUACAAGUAUGUAAGUCAAGUUUAUAAGGUAUAACCAAAAUAUGUAUUUCUAAUUGUAGUUUAUUUCACACUUGACAAGACCGCCACCUCCCCCCAAACCCCAAUCGAUUUGAUGCGCUUUAUUUCAUUUAAGAAGUUAUAUACAGUUAGUAGGCCGAAAAAAAAAACAAUUUUUUAGAACUUUUCCUGAGAGAACUUCAAAAUAUAUUUGUCUGAUAUUUUGUACACAUAAUAUGUUAUAUUUUAACUGUAUCUUAAGACUAAUUAAAUUAUUGGAAAAAAUAUUUAUUUGGAAAAACGCUACAGCUAAUCUCCGGGAGCUCCUUUCAAAAAAUUUCGAUUAAUAACUAAAAAAUAUAUUUAAGAAGCUCGUGUUAAAAUUUGAGACUAAUCGGUUUAGCCGUUUUCGAAUAAUGUUGGUCAUCGACUUUGAAAACACAAUUUUAAGAAAAACGCGUUUAAAGCUUGUACUUGUACUUUUAAUCACUCUGAAACGACUUUUAAAAUAUGCGUGUUACUUCGAAAAUAUUCAUCGGAACAAUAUGAAAUUUUCUAUAUGCAUUCUUGAAUAUAUUAACGUUAAGAAAAUAAAUGUAAAAAAUUGAUUUUUUGAAAAUCCUAACUGUAUAUAGCCCCUUAAAUAUCGACUAUACAAACCCAAAUGGAAUAAGAAAAAAAAUGAGAAAGAAAAAAAAAACAAAAAACACACAUUAUGAAAACAAUGUCCUACCUCGUUUUUUUUUAACCAUAAAUGUUGUUAACCAAUUUUUGAGUCUGGCCAAAUCAGCAGCAGCAGCAGCCACAUCAAUACAUAAAGGGAAAAAAGAGGCGAAGAAAGUAGACAGCAAGAACGCUUUUUUGAAAUAUUUUACUUUGUUCAAUUUUUGUAUGAGAGCCAAAAACGGAAAACAACCAACAAAAAACAAGAGAGAAAGAAAAACAAAAGCAAAACCAUGGACUUACGCGAAUGCAAAACAAACAAAAUACGAAAUGAAUUAAAUAGAUAAGCGAAAAUACUUACAUAUAUUACAGAAUAAAACCGAAAAAAAAAAACGGAAAAACAAACUGCACACAACACAGCUAGAAUACAAUACUAUUUAAAGAUACAAACUAAAAGCAAAAGCAAAAACAAAUACCGAAAUAUAUGAGCGAGAGAGAAUACAAGAUUGUUGCUAUAUCCAUUUAACAAACGAACGAAACAUAAACAAAAACAAAAACCAAAACAUAAACAAACUAUGAUCAUUUCAGAUAAGACAGGACCCUCCAUAAAUAAUCUCAGAUCCCAACCACACAUCCCAUGCUUUCCACAGGACAAAGGCGACUUCUCCAAAUAAAAUUGAAUCAAUUUUUUAUGUAUCUUGUAAUUUAUAUCAAUUCACAACUUAUAUAUAUAUAUAGAUAUGUAUACAGAAAGCGAUAGCAAUACCAAUAUUCCCGAUGAUCAUGUAUUGUAAAUACAGCAUGAAAGGCAAACAACUUUUUAACGAAAAAUCAACAAUCUAAAGCCGUAAAAACUUUUGAACAAGACUUAGGCCCUGAUUUUGUAUAGCCAUUAAGAGGCCCCAAACCCAAAUCAAAUCACCACACCCACACAGCCACAGAAUAGUAAAACACUGAAAUCGAAUCGAAUCGAAUCGAAUUGAAGUCCUUUUGAUAUUUGUACGUUUGUAGCCAACGAUCAGAGACAUUUUCAUUGAUUUGGCAUGACACGGUUUCCGCAAAAAACAUAAUCGAAAAACCAAGUUAGGAUAUGAUAUACUCCAGUUACUUUCUCUUCAUUUGUGUUCUCAUUAUUGCAUUAUCCGAUUUACGUUAUAUGGCCAUGUAACAUUUAUAUAUGUAAUGUAUAUGUACACACACACUUACACACACAAGCGCGUAUAUAUAGACAUCCGAUCAGGCUGAAGAGGUUACUAGAAAGCUAAAUUGAUUGAUCGAUGGAUGGAUCACAAAAACCAAACAAAACAGAAGAACGAAGGCGAAAAGUUGGAGAAAACAAACCAAAACAAACAAAUAUUUAAAUAAACCAUUUUUAAAUAAUGAA